GCCUUCCAGCAGCGUCUUUCAUCCUGGAACAGCCAUGAGGACGGUGCUGAUUGCGGUCCUGUUGGCAGCCUUUGCCGCUGCAGAGCAGAAGCGUUCGGCAAAUCCUCACUAUGGCUACGGCUCCUAUUCCUACGGCUACCCGUUAUACAGCGGAUACGGCGGAUAUGGGGGAUACGGCGGAUAUGGCGGUUACGGCGGAUACGGCGGAUAUAGCGGAUACGGUGGUUAUGGUGGAUAUGGGGGAUACAGGCGAUACGGAUACGGCUACCCAUCGAUCUACAGCUACAGCUACCCGUCGAUCUACAGAACCUACAGCUACAGCUACCCAACAACCUACAGCUACGGAUACGGCAAUCCGUCGACCUACAGCUACGGCUAUGGAUACCCAUACACCGGCUACACCACCUACUCCAUCGGGAAGAGGAGCGUGGACGCCAAUCCUCCUCUGGUCCUCCACAUGAGCGCCAGGAAGAGGAGCGCCGAGCCCAAUCCUUCGCCGGUCCAUAGGCGCCUCUGGAAGCGGAGCGCCGAGCCCAGUCCUAAUCCAGACCCGUCCGCCAGUCCCGUUGCCGAGCCUACGCCCAAGGCGGAGCCCUCGUUCGGCUUUUACACGAGUGGGUAUAGGCCUUAUGGCAUAGGGUAUGGCGGAUUGGGUGGAUUAGGCGGAUAUGGGGGCUAUGGCGGAUACGGGGGCUAUGGUGGAUAUGGGGGGUAUGGCGGAUAUGGCGGAUACGGCGGCUCAGGAUAUGGAUACCGAUACCCAAGUUACUCAUACACGUACUAUAACCGCUACCCGAGCUAUUGGUAUGGGCGGUGAUGAUUGAUAGCUCCUGAUGAUGAAGAUUAGUAACAUCACAGACAUUUUUACUAUUUUUUUUUAUCGCCGAAUGACUGAAGGAGCCAUCUUUAUUUUCCAUAACAUCAUAACAUCAAUAAUCAUUUUCGGCGCGUUUUUUUUUCAUUUCAACUAAAAUUAUAAUUUUUCAGUAAUUUUCAGACAACAGUGUAAUGGCACUUCCUUGUACGCAUAGAAUAGAAAGCAGUUGAGCGAAAUAUAAUGAAAAAGGAGAGUAAUGGUACUUUAGGUCAAUUGUGCUUGUAUAAAUGUUAUUUUCCCAAAAGCAAAUACCCUUGUUUUAAGUCUUGAAGAGAGUAGUGUACAAUAUUAAAGAAUUUGUAUUGAUGAUAUAUUAAUUAAUUUUUAUUUUUGUAUUUCUGCUUUAAAGCUUUUAUUCCAACACAGAGAUGAAUAUUUGCUGGUGGCAUAUCCGGUUAAUGUUUUGUUUUUUCGUAGAAUUAGAUAACAUAGAACAUUGGCUACCUUGAGGACAUCAUCAGCAUUAGUUACAAGAAGAUCUGGAAAACGCUUGUCACAAACUACAAUAUAACUAUUAAAAUAUUACUGUCUGAAGUGUUACAGUACUACGAGUAAAAUCUAGAAAAGAUGUAAUGGAAAAUACGAAUUCUCGUUCAUUUUUAUACAGACGACUAUGAUUAACAUAAUAUAUACUCAGGCAUUUAGACAUCUUAACUGACAGAGAAAAUAUCGCUUGACAAUCCCAUAGCCAUGUUGGUCUAUGUCAGGCAGUGGUCUAUGGAAGCCAUAGUAGCCUUUGACUACCAUAAUGGUCUAUAGAAUUCACAACGACGAGUGGUCUAUGGAAGCCAUAGUAGCCUUGGACUACCAUAAUGGUCUAUACUCUAUAGAAUUCAUAACGACCUAUGUCCAACAGAGCAGUUUCAUGAUUACAUAAAGGCCUUCAACUAUCAUAAGGAAUUUAUAGAAUUCGUAGUGAUCUUCGACUAGUUUAAUGAUCUGUCACAAUCAUGAUUACUUUGGAUGGUUGCCAUAGUCUGUAUCUCUGAACAUUGUCAGGAUUAAGUAUGUAAAAGUUGCUAAGUGCAGUUGAAUAGCUGGUUUAAAGGGAUCAUAAAGUGAAUGCUAGUUAAAUGUGUGAAACAACUAACCAUAAAAAUAUUAAACCAAGACAAGGAAAGUAUAUAAAAAAAAAACACUAAAAACCCAAGGAGCCAAUACUUGUAUUAAGUUUUGAAUUUUGUGAUUUCUGAUAUGUAGCAGUUACAACUGUAAUAAAAUUUAUAGUGUUA